CUAGGACGGGAGCGCAGAGCAGCAGCUCCACUAGGAGACUCUGGUUGGUCCAUUAGACAUCGGGGAGUGAAGUAGGGAUUCCUGGGGACUUGUGUCUCUCUCUCUUUCUGAUUCACCGUGCUGGGUCAGAAAUAAUACCGCUAACAACAAAGAUCUUGUAACAGUGGGAAAAGCUAUAAUGGAGGCACUUCAGAAAACCCUCACUUACCGGGGCGAGACUGGUCCUUACAGAAAACUGCUGCCGGGUAAGGAUCUUUUUAACGCUGGGAAACAAGACGAAUCGAAAUAUGUGGACUUGGAUGAUUUGCUCGAUAUGAAAUCAGAAGGCACAAAGACCGUCAAAGUUACUUUUACCGGUGAAGGAAACCAGCUGGCAAUAUUUAAAUGCAAAAACGAUACUCCGAAUGCUGGGGUCAAAAGCGCCGGCGACCAUGAACGCAAUGACAACGCGUCGAAUCUCACAACCAUGGACUGUAAAUCUAAUAAACUGGAAACUUCAGGGGGCGUCAGGACGGGAGAGGGUGUAGCGGGCGAUAUCUCUGGCUCUUUUGCAAUAACUUCAUCCUCUGAAGUUCCUAAAAAUGAAGAUUUCGGAGACUUUCACGAAACCGCACUUGAAAAGCGGGGCUCUCUAACUGUAUCCAAAAACGAAACUAUGCUAAAAGAUUUCAAGACAAACUGCACACCGUUAGAAAACAACGAAUUAGAAUACACUGACAUAUUUUUAAGUAGAAGUGACUCAGAGGAGACUGUCAGCAUUGAGUUAGCAGAUGAGCACGCACCAGACAACAACGACGAUGAGUCCCACUACAUUACAACACACGAAAUACAGCUGUCUGAAUUAGACCAUGAUGUCGAUUAUGAUUUUGAGCUGGGGUCCUGUUGGGAUUUUGAAGACGAUAACUUGGUCUACUCAUUUGUGGAUUAUGCCUCCUUUGACAGCGAUGAAACGGUAGAAGGGAGGAAGAUACUGGGGGACAGAACUUGUGCGAAAGUGGAAAGCAAUCAGGCUCAAUCUAAUAAUACAGUUCGGCGCGCUGGUGGCGGAGCAGCAGUCAGCACUAAGCAUGAAAACGAUCUAUGUGACACGGACAAAUGCGCCAGCACAGAUGAAAGUCUGUCAAAGCACCAAAACGGCAGUGGGAAUUCUGCGGGACAGAUUCACCUGUCAAUCAAAACAACUUCCAGGGCUAUAAAUGAGCCUAGCAACGUCCAAGAAAAGGAAAACACUCGUUACGAUGCCAAGCACGAGUUAGACAUGAGUCGCUAUGUUUUUAAAAGCACUGAUGCAAAAAGAGGAAAAAUCAGUGAUAGUGCAAAGUGUUUUAUCGCUGCCCCCGGACGCCUACACUUUGGAAGUAAGCUUAAAGGGAAAGAUAUAAACGAGUACUCCAGUGGUGCGUCCAGUGCAGUGAGCGAACUGGAUGAUGCAGAUAAGGAAGUACGUAAUUUAACCGCAAGAGCUUUCAGGAGUUUAGCUUGUCCAUACUUUGAUGCGAUAAAUUUUAGCACUUCUAGCGAUUCCUCGGCCUCAGAGCAUGGUAUUGGGUUUAACAGGUGGUCAACGUUUGUUGAUCUUAAAUAUGGAAACAUGACACAAGCAAAGGAGCAAAAUGUGGUCUCUCAUAAAAGUUCGACGUCUACUUUUGAAAUUAACAAGGGAGCAGACGGUAAAGGGAUUAAAGGGUUGGCUUUAAGCCAGUUAAAAGCGCCUCAGACUAAAAUCUUUGCUUUGAAUGGCGAUGCUUCAGAGCCCCAGAACGCAACAUCUACCACUAAGAAAAUAGAGUUAGAGGGAAAAUUUGAACCAGGUCAGAGUGGGGUUAUAACUUUGACAGAAACUUUAAAUUUUCGUUGCAACGUUAACGCGGGUGCCCAUGAAAACGAAUGGCACGCAAAAUGUGCAGAAAAUGUCACAGGAUCACGUUCCACAGAUGGAGUUACAGACACCUUCCCAGUCGAGCUGGGAAGUGAGGCCAGCAAGCAAUCCUGCAGCGCAGGGGAAACCAUGGAAGGAACACACAAGAAAGCAAUAUUCGCCACAAGCCUUCUCAAAAAUGUCAUUUCUAAGAAAAUGCAGUUUGAGCAGGAGCGCAAAAUGGAAAGGGGUGAGAUUUCGGAAGCUUAUUCAGGACUCUCUCCCUGUCUACCUUACAAAGAGGUCGAAAUCCAAAAAGAAAAGGUAACAGCCAGCGACUCAAGAGGUUUACAAAGGCAAAACUCCAGGUUCUCGGAGGCCAGUUCUGACUUAACUAUUGUUUCUCUAGAAGAAUUAGGGGACAUAGCAGAUACUAAAUCUUGCGAUCUUAAGGACGAUGGUCAGAAGGAAGAGACUUUACCUCUUGCAUCAGAAACUAAUUUUGAUGCUUCUGCUGAAGCUGGAUUCGAUACUAAAAAAGGAGCAUCUGAUGCGGCCAAAAGCACUCUGCUUCGCAGCCAAAAUAGCGCAUUCAGAUCCUGGAGGGACGGCGAGCUGGAGUACCAAAAGGAACAGAAAAACAAUAAAACUCCGGUGGGGAAACCGUCUUCGUCCGCCGACAACCUGGGAAAAACGAACGCGCAACACGCAGGAGACAGCAGCAAGCUGACUAAAAUGUCGCAUUUGUUUGUACCGAGCAUCCAGCUUCUCUACAACGAGAAUGAGUUUGGAAAACCACAGCCCGACAAGGGGUAUUCAACUCGAGCUGCGGCUGAUCUGGGAGGAGGAGGAAACAACCAGCACAGCGCAGACAACACUCUCCAUGUGCCCGAUGCUGCUAGAAGCGCGGUAACAUCCAAAUCACCAGAAAUCAAAAUAAGCCUGCGGAGCGUGAAAGACAACAAACGCAACCCGUUCAACAUUGCUAAGCUCCUGACUCCCAAUAUAGGCUGCAAUGCAGCCAGCUUGAUAAAGACAGCUGAUGACUUUAAAUGCCAAGCGCUCGCUGCAUCUUUAAAGGGAGAGUCGUCGGAGAAAGCGCCCCACUUCAUGGUCAGAGACAUAAGGGAUAACAAGUGCAAGCUUCAGACUCCAAUUCAUCAGGUCAGAGACGUGCGCAAACUAGUUAAAAGUUCUUAUCACUUCGUUUCUUUGGAUAACAACGAAAACAGAGUGGCAGGCGCUGCCGAUCUGAGCUCAGAGAACAAACUUUCCCAGCAGGGGCUGUACAGAAACCAUGCUUCGCUCUCGCCAAUAGUCAUAAAGUGCCAGUCGGUGAAUACCAAUAGUAAUGUGAAGCAACCUGGGAAUCUAGCUGACAGAUCGUCUCCUCAACCACCUGCAGAGGGUGCCACAAACGGAACCUUAAUGGUCCAUAGGACAACAGGCAGAGUUCCCUUAGCGACUACGGCAAAACAACCCACUAAGAGCGAUUCAUUCGAGGUGCCUUCUGGGGUGAAAAUUGAAACCAGAGCAGCUAAACGGAAACAGGAGAAAAUAAACGAAACGCCUGACAGGAAACCAGAAUCAAAGAUGGCAAACCAAGUCGCCUUGGAGAAACUGAAAGCUGCCGUUAAGACCAUGGAGCAGCUGUACGUUUUUGAUCGGAACGAGUGGAAACGCAAAACUGAGCCUAGGCCAAUUACAGACAGUCACGUCUUGUCACUUAUUGCCAGCGAAGAGCAAGGCACAGGAAGACCACCAAACGAAUAUGAAGAAGAGAGCGGGGGUAUAGCUGCCCAAGUACGAGCAAGUAAUGCUGAGCGUCUUGUCAGAAGAAACUCUUACCCAAACACGGACAAAUCAUCCCCUAGACUAUUCGGUGGGUCACCGUUCAAUGCUUCACCGAAAAAAGAAGUGAAAGAGAGCCUUAAAAUGUUCCAUAUCCCUCUUAUUGGAGAGGACAAGGAUGUGUCUAAAUCCCAGCCUCUGUCAAGUGGUGCCAUCAGUAACAAAAAUGUUUUCACCUUCAGCAACAGCCAGAAAGCACCUGCUAUCACAGCUAGUGCCGGUCAUAAAGUAUCGCAGCCAUAUACUCUAUCACAAGUACCAUUCAGCACAAAAACCUUUGGUCCCAAAUGUCCUAAAGUCCCACUGUCAUUAAAAAUAUCUCAGGCCAAGCCUGCUACUGAAGAAAAGGAGAAACCUACCAGCAUCGAAACAGAAAAAGCUUUCCCACUGCAGCCUACCACCACAACCACAGCAGAAUCAGAGAAUUACCUAACGAUACCCGUGAAGUCUCACCCCAGCGAUGCCAAGCCCGCAGCUACAACCAGCCGAGAGGUACCUGCUGUGUACACCUUCACAGCCACGGGCAGAAAAGCUCCAACCGUCAGCCCGCUGGGUCACCCCGGUCAACGGGACCCGAAAAGACUGGAAGACAGCAGUCAGUCACCGAAAAGAUCUUCUGUUGUUAUGGAGACACGGUCCCCAGAUACCCCUACUGCUACCAUCUACCAUCACUCCCUACCCAUUGCAAUGUCUGGUCCACAGCCCCAGGUCAUCUGCUUCUCACCGUCAGUACCACCACCACCACACGCACCAGCAGUGGAUCACUUUCAACAAACACAAAGGAAGAUGCUGCUUGACCCAACUACCGGACACUAUUACCUUGUGGACACCCCUGUUCAGCCGACUACAAAGAGACUCUUUGAUCCAGAAACUGGACAGUAUGUGGAUGUCCCAAUGCCUCAGCAACCGAUAACCCCUGUUCCUGUCCCAGUGUCACCUUUAGCACUCAGUCCUGGUGCGUACGGUCCUACAUACAUGAUAUACCCUGGUUUUCUGCCAACCACUACUGUGUUGCCCACCAGGACAUUACAGACCCAGCUUUCAUCGCAUUCAGAUGCUGAAGAACAAGAGAAGUCAAACAGCAAAGAAACGCUACACAUGGGGCAACAGGGCGAUGUGGCUUAUAUGGAAAGUCCUUACUACAUCCCCACUGGGAAAUCCGCUCAAGCACUGCCUAUUUCCCAGCAUUUAACUACAAGGGGAUCCAAGGGAUUCUCUGAAGGAAAGCCUGUCAUCAGCAUCACAUCACAGCAAGGUCCAAGAAUUAUUGCCCCGCCUUCCUUUGAUGGAACUACCAUGAGUUUUGUAGUGGAGCACAGGUAAAACUACUGGCAACUUUACAUGUAAGUCCAUCACCUUUCUUUACUUACUGUACCUUUCAACUAUACAAUGUGUUUUAUUGUUUGCUAGCUUCAAACACAUUCUUCCUGGAAUGGGUGAUAAUGUCUUGCUAUUGUAGGCUACAGGGGUGGAUACAGUAUGUGUUCUUUAGUGAUGAGUGGCAGUUAUACCAUCACAAAAGAAAAUAAUGACAGUUAGGUGCUUCAGUGUGUAUGGUGCUGCAGAGAGUGUAGGA